GCCGCGCUGCCGGUGUUCCCGCUGUUCGACACCGCCUAUUUCAUCAUCUCCGUCCUCUACCUCAAGUACGAGCCCGGUGAGUGCGGCCCUUGGCCGGGGGGCCCCGGGGGGAGCUCCGGUACCGGCACAGAGCGCGCACUGCCCCGCACCAACAGGUCCCGACACCUGCCCGUGCCUCUGCCCUGCCGCCUGUCACAGGCCAUGUCACAGCUCCGACACCUGUGCCUAAAUAUAAAGCGGGAAAAAACCCCGCGAACCCGUGACUCUGAUUUUGAGAAAUAAUCCUGGAUUUUAUUUAAGGCUGGAUUCCGGCAGCAUUGAGGUAUUUCAGUUCGGUCACUUGGCUGCCACCCCAGGACUCAGAGUUGCGUUUCUGGCCAAUCCCUUGGCUUGAAUAUUUUUGUGGCAGUACCUUCCUCCUAUUUAUAUACAAAAGGGCUGGAAGUAAAGCCUUGGUUUUUUCCCACCCUCUGGACCAUGCCCUGAGCUGUUCUCAGGAACCAUAACUGACCUUGCUUUGUUUGUUCUCUUGGGCUUAUCUUGCACAGAUCGAUAGACCUGUGCCUUGGCUUUCACCUUCUGCCAUUGUCACAGCCUGGCUGUGCCGCGCUCUUCUCCAAACGCCCCUUUCCCUCUGUUUUUGACAAUGCGUGCACUCCUCAUGCUCUGUUUUGAGCAGUUUCCCGGUAGCUGCACAGUGACCGAAGGGAAAACCAAUCCCGGGCUCGGGAAUGAUUUUCAAACCUCGUGUUGUGUGACCUCCGAGCCGUACAAUCCACAGGCUGUUCCUGUUAAACUCCUGUAAACAAGUGCUGCCUUUCCAGGCCUGAUCACUCCCAGCUGCCUUCCGGCAUGGAGCCCUGAACCGAACAAUUAACAGGCAGCCCUCACAAAAAUAGCUUUUAAAUAUAUGCAAGCCCAGGAAUCCUCUUGGGGCUGGAUAAGGCCGGGGUGUGCUUUUCCCCAGAUUCCUGCAGUGCUCCCAUCCCACAGUUAUGGGCUGGGGAUCAGUGUCAGGACAGAACCGUCCUGUUUCCCCCUUGGAGACAGCAUGGCUUCGUGGAGCCAAGGAAAAACAAGUGUUACUAAAUUUAAGCCUCAAGCUAAACCUCAGGUUCCUAUAGAACCAGUUUCGUGUCUCGGCUGUUGCAGCUGUCUCGCUGCCACUGUGUUUUCAGCUGGUUCAAAUGUCCCCGAGGAUGGAAGGGCCUGGGCACUCACAGCUUUGGCUCAUGCUGAUCCACUUACUGCUGUUUGAGGGGUACCAGGUAAUCAUGUUGAUAUAAUGUUUUUAGCAUUUUCACUCUUUGUCUGCUCUCUGGACAGAGUUUUGUAUCUGAAAUGCUGCACAAAAAAUUCUGGAGCAGUUUAAGGUGAUGAAAGAAGCUCCCAGAAUUGAUGUUAUUGGGAGGUUUCCCUGAAAAAGUGCAAAGGUGGAUGAAAAUUGCUACAGGAGUUUAAAAAAAGGCCAUAGCAGAUCCACUUACUGCUGUUUGAGGGGUACCAGGUAAUCAUGUUGAUAUAAUGUUUUUAGCAUUUUCAUUCUUUGUCUGCUCUCUGGACAGAGUUUUGUAUCUGAAAUGCUGCACAAAAAAUUCUGGAGCAGUUUAAGGUGAUGAAAGAACCUCCCAGAAUUGGUGUUAUUGGGAGGUUUCCCUGAAAAAGUGCAAAGGUGGAUGAAAAUUGCUACAGGAGUUUAAAAAAAGGCCAUAGCAGAUCCACUUACUGCUGUUUGAGGGGUACCAGGUUAUCUUAUGAAUGAAAGAGCUGAACAGAUUGUUCAUGAAUUCUUGAGGGCACCUAGGUUGAAGCAGUGGAGAGAAUGGUACCAGUAUGCAUUUUAUUUUUAGACUGUAAAAAGACAUUGAUUUCAAGGGAAAAAAAAAUGUUCUUUAUGGUAGCAGAAUAAAGGAGAGAAUCUCUCAGCCAGUUCAUAAACUUCUAAUGACUCUGUUCACAUGAGACCUCUGGGGGCUCUGCAGGCUGUGAUCAUUUCUUGGCCAUCUCUGGUGCUUGUUUGGGUUUCACACUUUUCUAUUUUGUUUUACGAGCGCUUUUCUUUGAGUUGCUUUGUGGGAGAGCACGCACCUCCAGCCUCUCUCUUCCUGGGCCUUGAAGUUCCUGCUUCAUUGCUAGAUCCAUCUUCUCACUGAGAUGGCCUUGAGAGGGUCCCUUCCAGCACAGGUGACUCUGUGAUUCCCAAUUUUUUCCACAGGAGCCGUGGAGAUGUCCCGGAGGAGCCCUUUUGCCUCCUGGCUCUGUGCUAUGCUCCACUGCUUUGGGAGCUACAUCCUGGCUGAUCUGCUGCUGGGAGAGGCACCCAUUGCCUACUUCAGCCACAACUCCAGUGUCAUCCUGGCCACAGCAGUGUGGUACCUGACAUUCUUCUGCCCCAUGAACCUCUUCUACAAGUGUGUCAGCUUCCUGCCCGUCAAGCUCAUCCUGGUGGCCAUGAAGGAGGUGGUGCGGGUGCGCAAGAUCUCGGCCGGGGUGCACCACGCCCACCACCUCUACCACCACGGCUGGUUCGUCAUGAUGGCCACGGGAUGGCUCAAAGGUUCUGGUGUGGCCUUGAUGUCAAACUUUGAGCAGCUGCUGCGUGGGGUCUGGAAGCCUGAAACAAAUGAAAUUCUUCAUAUGUCCUUCCCUACAAAGGCCAGUCUGUAUGGUACAGUCCUCUUCACCCUGCAGCAGACUCACUGGCUCCCCAUCUCUGAAGCCAACCUCAUCUUCUUUUUCAGCAUGUUCAUGAUAGUCUGCAAGGUUUUCAUGACAGCCACUCACUCCCACUCCUCACCCUUUGCUCCGCUGGAAAACCUCAUCUGCCCAGUCCUCUUUGGCUCUGUCUCCAGUGGGCACCCAAGCCACCACCACGACCACCACGGGGCCUCCCAUGAGGUUUCCCACCCUCCUCCUCCUCCUCCUCCUGCCAAGUCCAAAGAGGAGCUGAACGAAGGCACCAGGAAAAGGAAGGCAAAAAAAGCUGAAUAAAAAAAGCAACGGCGCAGAAAAUAGGCCAAGAAAAUUCUUCCAGAGCUAAGUCUCAAAGCCACCUGUGACCUCCUUUAUGCUCCAGUCCUUCUCUCUCAGACUCCAGAGGAGAGGUGGAAGCCAGGACACUGCCAGCUGGGUCCCUGAAUUUCAUUUUUGCUCUCUGUGCUGCUGCUUGCUUCUUGGUCUCUGCCUCUCUCUAUUCUGAUCAGAUUUUCAGGGAUUUGGAGGUUUGUGCCAGGCUGGUAAGUGGGUGCCACUUCCCAAACUGUCAGCAAAUCUGAUGCAGCAUUUUCAAUUGAUGUAAAAUCUUUCACUGUGUUUAUUUAUGAAUGGGGGGAAUGGUUUGUGCUCCUGCAACUCUUCAGUUCCUUAGAAUUUUCACUGACCUUUUCAGUGUCUGCCAAAACAACAAACUGUUAAGACACAAUGUGAAAAUCAGGUUUCAUACUCGAGGAAAUGAAAUGGCCUGGUAUGAGCCUGCUCUGGUUUUUCCCAGCUCCCACAGCUGCCAUAUCUCCAAAUAAUGUGACAUUUUAAAUGCAAUAAUGACAUGGCCUUUGAGCCAAACCCUGUUCACCUCGGUUCCCUCUCAUUCUGGUGGUCAGGACAUUCAUUUGCUCUGCCAAGUCUGUGUUUGCAAGAGCCCUGAAGCUGUGGAGUGCUCCCAGUGCCACGUGUUGGCACUGCCACCAUCCUGGGCUGUGUGUGGCAUUGCUGGGUCCCACCCCAAACCUCAGACUCUGGAACCAGGGGAGAAGCAUGGCUCUGCUUUGUUUGUAAUCCUGUGGGAUACAGGAAGAGUGGGUGUGAGUGUAAGUAUUUAUUAUUAUUUAUUUAUAAUUGCCAGGGCACCUAAGGCAAGGACCUGAAUCUGUUUUGUUUUUGUUUUAUUUUGGCAUUGCAAUUGGAACUUUUAGUUGUGGCCCUGAGCCCACAGCUGGUUUGGGCUUGCAGUGAUCCUGGAGUGCUCCAGGACAGCCUGAACACUCCCUGGGGGCAGGAAAAAAACCUUUCCUAUAUUCUGAAAUUCACAUCAAAUAGGCUGAAACAGGGCAUUUCACACCAGCUGAUGAAAAAAUACCUUAAAGGGCUGAUCACAAUCAGCUGAAAAUCCUGAUUACCUUCUGUAGGUGCCCUGGGGCCAAAGUGCUGGGCUGUGGCUGCAGCUGGUGCCCAGUGAGUGAGGAAUCUGAUCUGCCUUGCAUGGCUCAGGAGGGUCUGGCAGCUCAUUCCUGUUCUGGCUUUUAGAGUAGUCCAAAGCUGUUCUUAUAACUGAUUUUCCUCUUACAAAUGGCACCUUCCAAGGGCUGGGAUCCCCACAGGGACAGUGGCAAGCCUGGGGAUGUAGCACUGGGCAUUUUCCAUCCCUGGCACUGAGGUUUGCUGCUGUUUCCAUUGCAGCUGGGACUGGAAACAGGAUUGGAGGGAAGAGAGGGUUUGUGUGUGUGUGUGUGUCCCUGUUCAAAGCUGCAGCUGAUGGUUCAUUAAAGAUAAGAAACCCUCCUUGUGUGCAAGCAGGAGGAAAGGUCAAACGUGUGGCUUUGGGGUUUGACAGUGCCUUAAUGUUGUGAGUGUCCCUCCCCUUCAGCAGAGAGCAGAAAUUCUGCUUGCAGCUCUGUCUGGUCCUGCAGAUGCUGCUCUGCUGGAACCUGAUGUGUCACAAGCAUGCACGAGACUGAAUAAAUGUUUUAUGAGAUGUCUGAUCCCAGGGGAAUUUUGUUUUAUAAAAGCUGUCAACAAAUAAAAAUGGUGAAGUGACUCUUGAUUGUCCAGUGGCA